CUCGCGUGUGGCUUGCUCCUAAUCAUUCUCCCCCCGGGUCUCCGGAUAGUAACAAGGCAGCAAUCGGUCCCAACUGGAGCUUUCCCCAGAUUCCUCAUUCUAGCGCUUAAUCCCUUCUGUUAUCCCCCCUUUGCUUAAAAUAGCCGUGUCCAGUGCCAUCGCGGUUCCUUCCGCUUCGCCAGCAUGGGAUGGGCGGCGAUUGACUGGUCACGGUGGACCACAAAUCCUUAUUAUGCCUUAGUGAUCUUUAUUAUAGCAUGUGGAAGCAUUCCCAAAGGUUACGAUGAAGGUGGCUACAGUGCCAGUGUCAAACUCGAAUCGUUUAUGGUCGACUUUAACCUCCUAUCCUCCAACUGGACGCACGACGCCACCGGCCUGGCCAACCGUAAGGCGAAUAUCACAUCAUUCAACGUCUUGGGGGCGGCCUUCGGGGCCUUGUUUUCGUUAGACUUGAAUGAUCGCUUGGGGCGACUGUGGACGUGGCGUUUGUCUUGCCUGGUCUGGGCAUCAGGCCUGUUUAUCACAGUCUUCUCCUCGGGCAUCUACGGUUUAUUACUGUUUGCCAGGAUCUGGAGUGGUCUAGGCGCUGGGGCGCUAACGGUCACGACGCCUUUGUAUCUGUCAGAGAUCGCGCCUGCCCGGACCAGAGGCUUGGUGGUUAGUGUUUAUAUGGUUAUAUUGCUGGCCAUUCUAUCUGUGGGGUUCUUUGUCAACUAUGGGGCGGACUUGCACAUGGCGCCGACGCGCGAACAAUAUCGCCUGGUCCAGUCCAUCCCUUUGAUCCCCACUGGGAUUGCAUUCUUUGCGUCUUAUAUUGUGCCUGAGACACCCCGCUAUCUAGUGUCAGAAAAUCGGCCCGAUGAAGGCCGUGCUGUGCUGGCUCGGCUCCGCGGUAAAGACAUUUCCGAUCCCGAUGUUGAGGAUGAGUUCAACUCGAUCGAUGCUCAGGUUCGCGCAAAGGCAGCAGACCUGGCCUCGGUCAGCCACUGGCAAGCUUUCAAGGAAACCCAGUCGAACCCUAAUUAUCGGCAGCGGUUCUGGCUCUUGAUGACCAUGCAAACCAUCGCCCAAUGGACCGGAGGAAACGGCAUCACCUACUAUAUCUCUAAUAUCUUCCAGUACGCUGGCAUCACGGGAAAUGCUCAGUCCCUUAUCUCCUCCGGUGCAUAUGGCAUCGUCAAGCUUGUUUUCACCAUGGCUUUCACUUGGGGCCUAAUUGAUUACCUGGGCCGGCGUCGCUGCGCACUGACUGGCCUCGCCCUACAGCUGGCUGCCCACAUCUACAUGGGAGCUUACAUGGGCCUACAGCCGGGCUCUUCUGAUAACGAAUCGGCUUCGAAUGCCGCCAUCGCCUCCGUAUUUAUCUACGCCGUUGGCUGGUCUAUCGGUCUCUGUACCAUUCCUUAUCUCUAUGGUACGGAGAUUUUCCCCACUCGCAUCCGCAACGUGGCCUACUCUCUCAGCAUGACUUUGCAUUGGUUUUUUCAAUUUGCCGUCGUGCGGGUUACACCAAACAUGUUUGCCUCCCUCGAUGUUUGGGGUGCGUAUGUCUUCUGGGCGAGCAUCUGUACCAUCGGCCUCAUCGUCCUCGGUAUCUGGAUGCCCGAGACCAGCGGUGUCCCCAUGGAGCGGAUGGGCGAUCUUUUCGAUACCCCCUGGUACCUGCGCUGGCGUGCGAAGCCGAGGGAUGUCGCCUCAUCCUCAGCAUCCACCGCUGGAGAAGGCACCGAGGUCGGUUCCAGCCUCGAUGCCAAGCAGGUGGACAGCAGAAGUCUGCCUUUGUAAAUUCUCCGGAUCUUUGUCCGCAUAUAUACCCGAGUUGUGCUUUACACUGUACUAUUUAUGGUUGGACUGAUGGUCAUGUCUUGGUUGUUUAAAUGGGAACGAACUAUGUACUUGAAUACCCUCGUUUAGGAAAAGUGGCUGGUUUAGAUCUUGUAUUUAGUUUUGACAGUACAUAAGGGAUGGAUCAAUUAUACAAGGUCAUUUCGAAGGUUUAC